AUGGCUUCAAGUUCUGUGGCUUCUAGCCCGGUUUUCUUGUCGGGAACGGUAACCUUCGUGACGCGAUGUCGGCAAUCUUAGAACGCUUGGAUUCUUUUUUUUUUUUUUGCCUGGAGGAUUCUGAGCUUGACUCUCAGUUGUGCCGUGCCUCCUUCGUGCAGAUGGAGAUUGUGAAGCAUCCAAUAGCCUCUCCUUUAAUCUCUCCGGCGCCCAGGUGUAGGAAGGAGGUAUCCAGAAAGAUACUCGCAGUCAUGGCGCCGGCACAGUCGCGCUCUCCCUCGACCACAGGCUCGGUUGGUGUCUAAUUUUGAAAUAUUUUAUUAUUUUUCCCUGUGGCUUUCAUCGCGUCUCGUGAUUUCUCUUGUUUCUCGGCGAAUCACACAGGUGAAGCAUGCAAUGACUCUGACGGAGAAGAUCCUGGCUCGCGCAUCGGAACGGCCACAACUGAGCCCCGGAGAGAAUGUGUGGGUGAACGUGGAUGUCUUGAUGACCCACGACAUAUGUGGACCUGGGACUAUUGGGAUAUUCAAAAAGGAGUUUGGGGAGAAUGCGAAGGUAUAAUUCCCCCGGAAAUUUUUACCUUUCAUAUUUACUAAUCCAAUCUUCAGCAGUCUGCAGCCAACGGCGUUCUGUUGAAGAAAUUUUGUCGCUCGUCUGCUCAAUCCUAAAUUCCUUUCCUUCCCCAAAAUUUUUCUCGAUCCUGCUCAUAUUUUCCACCGAUCAUAGGCUUACAGAAAAAGGCUUUUCUACUUUCCUUUGCAUUUUUUGAGCCGUCAACCAUUUUUUGAUUAACAUCUUACUUUGAUGGAAUGAAGUUGAUUGACUGCGGAAACCGUAUUAUAUGCUCUGCAUCUUUUUUUGGAAGGCAUGUAUCGGUGGCAUUUCUUCUGCAAUAAUUGCUUUCUUAAACAUCUUUUUCAGUCGUGAGUCUGCCUCAUUAAUACCAUUUUCUCGUUAAAAGCCAUAGUUAGAUUCCGUUUAGUGAAGAUGAGAAACCCAUUCAUUUACCUUUUGGUUAGAACGUGAGAUUCCACUACCGAUUAUUACCGAUGAAUCUAUGCAGUAUAUAGACCAUAAAACUGGGAACAACAAAAGGAAAAAAAUAUAUCCAUAACAAGCUACAAAGAUCGCCUGAUUGAUCUAUGUUAUAUUCGCAUGCAUACUUUCCUCUACAUUACAAUGGUCAUGAAUGCCUCCAGAGCCAUAAACCUUAUCAAUACCAAACCCAGAUUGCAGUUGGCUUAUCAGCAGCAAACACUUAUGCCUUUUCGUGCCAAAGUAAGCACGAGUUGCUAAAACAUUCUGAGUCCAUUUAUAUUUCCUUUUUGAGAUAGGUUUUGCAUUCCUUGCCCAUUUUUAGGCAGCCCACCGAAUGAAAUUAGUCAUUGAUAGCUGAAACUGCAGAGUCUGACUGUAUGUGGUGGACAAUAUUUCGGUCUAGGUGGCAUACAUGUCCAGAUUUUCCUUCUGUUUCUCUCUCCAUUUAGUCUCCAUUUCUCCGUUACACUCCUUAACAGGGUUAUUUUCGAUUCCCCUUAUCAUGUUUCUUAGAAUUGAUUUGCAUCGAAAUCAAAGAUAUUUAUCAAACUGGACACGUAUUUAUCAAGCUUUAACAGGGUUAUUUAUCAGGCUAUUUUAUUGACUAUGUAUCAAGCUGGACACAUGUUUUACCCUACCAUUUGAGUACUUGAGCGUGAUCGGAAAACUUAUAUUCUUUGAUGUGGGAGUUGCUCGACCAGAGUUUUCCUCUUUAUUCAUUUUAAGUGAAACGCAGGAGUGUUUUGUCUAAUGAGGAAGUGAGUGCCCCAUUAUAUUCAGAGCUUUUUGAGCUCAUCAUUGAGUCUGCUUAUCUUGGUAUAGUCUAUUGCACCUUUGUCACGAUUUUUUUUCUUCUGAGAGUUCAUUAUUCACACUCUUGAAUAUUUGCCCUAACUACUCUUCAUACUUAUGGUCUGAUCCAAUUUUAGUAAAAAGGGACCUCUGGAAGGGUGACUGGAAAACCUAAGAAAACCUUUUCCUGUUUUAAUGUUGAAAGACUCUUUGCUAAGCCUGACGCUUAACCUUGACUGUAUGGGUAUGCAGCAGAAUUCUUUCUAUGAUAUAUUUGAGUUAUGGCCUCACUUUUGGUUGCAUAUGCAAUUACAUCUCCAAUAAGUUUUAUUCAUUCUCUCAUUCAAUUUCGUAAUUAUUUUCUCAAAAGUUCUGCACUGCAAAGCCUUAUGUCAAUGUUGUGACAUUGUAACGUAACUUUCUAAAUGCGCCCUCUUGAAUUUUAGGUUUGGGAUCGUGAAAAAAUUGUCAUAAUACCUGAUCAUUAUAUUUUUACAAGCGAUGAACGGGCUAAUCGUAAUGUAGAUAUUUUGAGGGACUUCUGUAUGGAGCAGAACAUCGAAUAUUUCUACGAUAUCAAGGACCUCAGCAACUUCAGGGUAAAUAUUAUUUUCUGAUUUUUAUCUAGUAGUUAAAUCCUUUUGAAUUUUCUUUCACGAUGGUCUCCUGUGAUUUUUUAUUUUAUUUUCAGGUUAAUCCAGAUUAUAAAGGUGUUUGUCACAUUGCUCUUGCUCAGGAAGGUCAUUGUCGACCUGGAGAGGUGCAAAUAGAGCAGUUGUUUGUCUUCUUUCUCUUCAUAUUCCAUUCUGAUUGUUCCAUGUGAUAAUGUGUACUUGUAAACAGGUUUUGCUGGGUACAGAUUCCCACACGUGUAAUGCUGGUGCAUUUGGACAAUUUGCUACUGGGAUUGGUAAUACAGAUGCUGGCUUUGUGAUGGGAACCGGAAAGGUUCUGCUUAAGGUCAGCACAAACCGUUCUUUCUUGAACUUUUUUCCAUGAAUAGGUUGAUAGAAAGUUUCCAAUUAAGAUAGUUAUCAGUGACCUAAAGUUGUCAAACUUGGCAAAUUGUAGAUUCCCCCGACUCUGAGGUUCAUCUUGGAUGGGGAAAUGCCUAAUUUUCUGCUUGCCAAGGAUUUGAUUUUGCAAGUAAGUAUCAUUACCGUCCAGUGGCAUUCUUCUCUAGUUUCUGAACCACUACCUGUGUCCAAGAUUCUUAGUGUUCAUUGUUGGAUCAUUUAUGAAAUCUCUUUAAUAUAACCCAUGUCCAUUCUAUCCAGAUCAUUGGUGAAAUAACUGUAUCCGGUGGAACAUAUCGUUCCAUGGAAUUUGUUGGCUCCACUAUAGAAAGCUUAACUGUAAGUCCGUUGAUCGAUGCGAUAGUAACAGUUUUUAAGUUUUCGUAGCGUCCUGGUUGUAUGGUUUUUGGUCUGAUAUUAUUUCCUAUUUUUAGAUGGAAGAAAGAAUGACAUUAUGCAACAUGGUUGUCGAAGCUGGGGCCAAGAAUGGUGUAGUGCCUGCUGAUCUAACUACAUUCAACUACCUGGAGGUAGGAAGCUCCAAAUUAUUUCCGUAUACUUUUUGAGUUCAAACUGUCUUUUGCUUGACAUUUCUAUUAACCCAUCAUGCAAAUUAUUAUUGUGAGUUAUUUUUUAUACCAAUUUAAAAGUCAAUUUAUACCAAUCCGAUUGAUCAAGGCUAACUACUAUCCUUUUUCUCUUUAAUCAAAUUUCCACAGGGCAAGACAUCUGUAAACUAUGAACCAGUCUAUAGCGAUGGACAUGCGAAGUGAGCCUGAUUUCAAUCUUCAUCUAUUUUCUCUUUGUCUCGUCAUGAAAGUCAAUUUUUUUCUUUGCUUAAUUAAACAUUUGAUUAAUUAAUUAUCAUAAGGGCUAUCCAUUUUUCAUGAAAAACGAAUCAUCAGUUACAUGAAUAUGCAUUCUUUUGGUGAGUAAAACGACUUUGCGACAUUUGUGCUCUUUAAAAUCUUCUUUCACUUAAAUUUAGCAAAAUUUCAUUUUUCAUGUUAUAAAACAGGGGUUCAUUUUCUUCCUUUUCGCCAGUUGCAUUCUCCGUAUCUUUUAUCUUUUUCGUUGCACUGAAACUGUCUUCUAUCCAUUUUCUUCAUCAAUGUAAAAGAAGAAUGAACUACUGGCUCUCUAAAUCUCUGCCUUAAUUUCGUUCCGUGCCUGAUAAUUCCAUGAGGAACUACUUUCCCUUCGGUUUAUAGGUUCCCCCCCUGAAAAAUUUGUUGGUCAAGGGAUUGUGGUUGGGUUUUUCAUGGUGAGAUUUACGCAACUCCAUUUUCGUAGCUGUCUGGCCUUUUUGUCCUCCCUGGACUGAAUAAAGAUCAAUCCUUUAAUGUACUUGUGCUCUGGGGGAGGGGGGGGGCAAGUGUCGUAUUAUCUUUGCAUAUUUAUAAUAUUAUUUCAUAAUGUUUGCGGCAAUUGACAUCCUAUGCAACGUUUUUCAAAUCUUGGUUGUAGAUUCCUUCAGGAAUACAGAAUUGAUGUCUCCAAGUUGGAACCUUUGGUGGCAAAGGUGCAUGAUGAUCAAUAUUCUUGACAUUGAUGCUCAUCAACUGAAAUAACCAAGAUUUUCUCUAAACUUUUUAGAAUGUUGUGCCUAUUAUCGCUCAGUUUGACUUUCAUUUUUGACAGCCACAUUCACCUGACAACCGUGCUUUGGCGAGGGAAUGCAAAGAUGUGAAAAUUGACAGAGUCUACAUAGGUUCCUGUACCGGUGGAAAGACUGAGGAUUUUAUGGCUGCAGCGAAAGUUUUCCUAUCCUCUGUAAAGCUCAUUUCCUCUUCAAAAUAUUUUCUCAACUGUCAUGAUUAUUUAUAUUUUCCGGUUGCAUGGUAUUUAGGAAAUUUAUUUUCUCUAAAUACUUUGACACGGAGAACCUACAAGCAAUUAUUCUUCAAUGCCAUUAACUCAAGGCCUUAAUCAUACUCGACCAUGAGAUAUUAUUUUUGGGUCAAAUUUCUCUUUUUUUUCUGUGAGCCUCAACCAAAGAAGGGUGCACGAUUCAGAAAGCUAUAACAUCUACUGAGCAGAGGAACACUCUGCAUCUAUGAGUAUCUUCUCGGUUUAGUCGUAUGAUUCUAACACUCAGCCUUGCAUAUUUGGAUCAGGGAACCAAAGUGAAAGUUCCCACUUUUCUUGUUCCUGCUACCCAGAAGGUUGGCCAUCUUCAUCAUAUGUUUCCGAUCGAUUUCUCUCGUCAGACAUCUUCGAGGUUGACCACUAUAAUCGUUGACCCAAAUUUCAGGUUUGGAUGGACUUGUAUGCCCUUCCGGUUCCUGGAUCUGGUGGCAAGACGUGCUCUCAGAUAUUCGAGGAAGCGGGCUGUGAUGUGCCGGCGAGCCCGAGCUGUGGGGCUUGCUUGGGCGGCCCUCAGGACACUUACGGCAGAAUGAACGAAGCUAAGGUACCAUUCAUCUGAGACCUCGCUCUCGGAAUCUGUGCUAAAGAAUCAUGCAAGAGAUUUCUAUGCAUUUAUGCUAAUUGACUUCUCUACUUUGACGAAUCUUAGAAGCAAACCAUGCCCGCCGUUUUCUAAACGGUCUCAUAUAUUGAUUGUGUUCUUGACUUUUUUCACGGUCAACCCACUCAUAGUCGUCGAAGUUUUCUCCGUUUUUGUUGACCUCGCCCUCCAUAUCUAUGCUCCCAUAUUAAAAAAAUUUCAUAUAUUAUUGGCUUAUGUUCUAUCCUCUGCUGGCGGCUGAUCUCUCUAUUCCUUUUUUGUGCCCAUCUCACCCUCAGAAUCUGCGGUCUUUCCAUUUCUGGCCCGCAGCAUCCACCAACCCCAAGUCAACCCAUUUUUCCAAUGGUUUUCACCCCCAGUCAAACCAAUACAUAUAUGCAUAUAUUAUUACUUAUAGAUAUAGUAUUUAUUUAUUUAUUUAUUUAUAUGAACUGUUGCAUUGUGUUGGAAGAGUUCGUCAGUGGAGGCUGUCUCUGCGCGCAGGUCUGCGUGUCGACGACGAACAGGAACUUCCCGGGGAGGAUGGGCCACAAAGAGGGUCAAAUAUACCUGGCCUCCCCGUACACCGCGGCGGCGUCUGCGUUGACCGGCUUAGUCACGGAUCCCAGAGACUUCUUGAGGUAA